GCUGGUUCACGGGAAGGCAUCACACAGGUGGCAGCAUUGGAGUUUGGAGUAGACAGGCGGCAGUAUGGUAUACGUUUCCAACUCUCAAUGCCACAACUAGAGUACCAGAAGGUGUGGAGUCUUUCAGCCUUCAUAACCUCACCUGAUAUAGGCGAAGAAGAGGUUGUACGAGCGUACCUGUCAUGGAAGGAAGAAAAUUAUGAGUUGUUUGGUGAAUUCAGCUUCACAACUCAGAGACUGGUAGAGAAAUAUCUCAACCUGAGGAUUAACAAUUGGCUGGGGUGAGGACAUGGGUGAGGUUGAAGUGACUUUGGCAUUGGGUCCUGUUGUGACCUUUGAAGUAGGACCCCAGUUUCAUCUUGGAGCUCCUGGGGGUACGUCCUUCAAAAUCUUCAUCGGUGUCAGCCACAAAGACAUUCCAGGAAUGACAAAGGGAAGCCUCAGCCUCCUCUUGGAUUCAGGUCGAGUAGAUAUGACUCUGAAGUUUGACCUUGCUGAGAGAGGAAGGUUCAGUUUAUCUCAUACUUACAACGCCCCCUGGAAUUUUAAGACAUCUGCAAUUGCUGUUUAUGUGCCUCUGGAUAUGGCAUGGGGGGCAGAACAUGAAGUGGUGGUACGAGAGGAUGAACUGCGUCAUUGGCUCAAUGUUUCUUGGUCAGCCUUGCCAAGUGACAAGUUUACUUCUCUCAUCCACUUUGUCAGUCAUUCAGAAACACGUGCUGACCUCUCACUCAGGGCACUGCUGAUGUACCCAGGACAGGUGUUUGAACUGCAGGAGACUCUGGCUGAGGCACUCGGUGGUAGCUACAAAAAUAAACUUACACUGCGGCUACACCCAGGCAGAGCCCUCAAUAUGGAUACCAUUAUAAUCACACGAGCAAAUAAUGAGGUCUUCUCUUAUGGUCUCUCCAAUACCCUUAAACUCGAUUCCUGGAUCAGCCCUGUCAGCUUGGUGGGAACUUUCAACUGCUUUGGGAAGGGUCAGUGCUCCAUAGUGGUGACAGCAGAGCAGGCUGGGGAUGAAUUACUUGACAUGGAACUCCAACACACUACCGCUAGAGGCAUCUCCAGAACUGAGGCCAAGAUCAUCAUCACUCACUGGUUUGAUGGGACAGUUUCUCUCGACACAGCCUACAAAAUUGGUUAUUGUGAUCUGAAAUGGUACAUGUUGGUAUGGAAAUGGAAGCGUCUUUUGCAAGGGCGUGCUGAGGUGGAUUUUGCCAAUACUGAUGUGGCCGUGGCAGAGAUGCAGGUGCAGAAACUGUUAGAUGAUGGCCAGCUGGCACAUGUCACCCAUGCGUACAAUGGCACCUUCAAUCUUGACCAUGAAGCCAGGACCCUCCAUGUCAGGCAGGAGGUACGAGUGACAGAGGAAGGCAUGAGUCAGCUCUGGACGGGAGUGGUACAAGGUCAAGCUGGACACACCCUCUUCAACAGUCGACACUUUGCCAAGGCGACACUCACAACGCCAACAGAUGUGUAUUACACGGCCGAUGGGGAUAUCAGCUCAGCAGUGUCUGGGGUGGAAUCAGUGAUAGCAGCUAUAAGUCUGUCAGCAGGAUCUGGAUCUAACACCACGUACUUACUGAUGUGGGACCUUGACCUUCAGCAAUCUCAUUCCAGUGGUCCAAGUAUGGUGGAUGAAGACAAGAGCUACAUGGAGGAUAUAAUGGAGGAAAAUGAUAAGGAGGAAUGGUUAUUGUUUUAUCUUGAGACAUUGCUUAGGGCCAGCACCCCAGCCACAGGUGAGCUCAAGCUCAAUAUUGAGGCUAAGAAGACUCUCCAGCUUCUCCCAGAUAAAGAACACAUGCCUAGUGAGGAAAUCACUACUGAUAUCAAAGUGAUUACAGAGACCAUGCCAGAGUUGGGCCGUAUUCUUGGCAAGCUGACACGUUCUGUAGAUGCGUACACUUUUAAUGGGCGAAUGUGGUCAGAGCAGCAGGCAGUGGGCAUAGUGUCCUAUGGUAUGGCUCGGAACAACUCCCUCAAGAGCUCCCAUCUGCUGACCGUGGUGGACCCCACCACUAGCUGGGGCAGACUGCAGCUUGUCAUUGAGACUGACCACCUUGGCUCAUUCCCAGACAACUUCCAAAGCUCCAUAGGUGGAAAGGGAAGUGUGGGAAUGGAAGAGGCAGGGCAGGUGCGGGCACUGGUAUUACGAACUCCAGCAGCUUCCUCUAUCACCUUAGCUCUCAUCACUUACCUCCAAGAACUUCCUGGUGGGAGCUUUUUCCUUAAGUGGUCAGAAGUGGCAGUGCAGAGUCACAUUACAUGGGCACUGAUGAAAUGCACUAUGGGUAUACAGUGGCAGGAGGGUGGAAAGGCCAUGGAGUUAGUGCUCAACUAUGUGAACCCCAGCACUGCUCUCCAUGCCCUAGAUACCAGUAUCACCUUCAGCAUCUCUCAGGCUCCAUACCCACCAUUGACCUUCAUCCUGGCUAGCCGUGUUAGUGUCAACGCUGAUCAUCACUACAUACUCAACAUUGAUUGUCGCUCACAGCAGGAACAGUACAUGAUCACCUGGGCUUUCAUGCAUCCUGGUGGAGGAGGAUCAGUACGUCUGCAGUUGCGUCAUGUUGGGGACACUUACGGUGUCCUUGCAGUCAUAGUGUUGCAGGGGUUCUCUCUGCAGGUCACAGGAGCCUUCACGUCUGUGGCAGUGGGAGAGGAGCUGUUAGUGACCAUGUAUAGUUCACUGCUGAAGGAUCCACGUGGGCGCACCAUCAGAAUCUUCAGGAAGUCAGAGUCAGGGAAGAUGGAGAUUGCUGCCUUUUUCUCUCUGGGUGGAGACUCGCCUGACUGGAUAUAUAGUUACAGGUUACUGGUGGAGAUGGAGCGUGACAUCAAACAGAAAGUGAGGUACCUGAAGGCAGAAGACCGCUUCACAUACUACCACCUUCACCAACUCUUGAAUGACUACCAGUUCCUUAUCCUAACUGUUUACAACAACUUUGAUGAGGUGGAGCUGGAGCUGGAAUUCCCCAACUUUGGAUCCCAGGUGAAGGUGAUUGGAUCACUUCUCAAGGGAAAGGAUUCUCAGUUAGAAUUAGUUAUCAACACUCCAUCUUUUACACACCUCAUAGAUGGUCGACUUAUCUUCGGUAGCAGUGAGUGGUGGAGCGCUCAUAGCGGCACCUUUAACUAUAAUCUACAGAAGAAGAAGGGAAGAGAAAAUCCUUUCAAGUUGAAGCUAGAAGCAUCCAAGUGGAACAGCAACAGACAGAAAUACAAGUUCUUUGUACAAAAGACACAUCUUGAAUCAUCUGUGUCCAGCUCCAUCUAUGAGAUGCUCUAUGAAUAUCCUUACGAGACCUACAACCAUCCUGGUUACUCCUAUGAUGACUCUGUUGCUUCAACAUCCAUAAGCACCUUUGAUGUGGCAGUUGAUGUAUCUCGUGACCCUGGUACCACCGAGUAUAAAGCGACCUGGCAGACAGAUAAGACGAAAAACGAGGUGCGGGUAGUGUUAGAGAAGGAUCCAAGCGGUGGAGGUGCCCUCCUCAGAUACUUCAGACAGGUUAAGGGCAUCCCUAAGUCAGAAGUCAAGUACCAACUGAAGGGAAACUACCGUCGCAUUGACACAGAGCUGACUAUUUCCUGCACACUUGAUCAGUCCUCCAUCACAAGGCCAAGAGCCAUCAUCUUCCUACAUUCAGAAGCUGAGUGUUAUGCAGAGCUCCUACUGGACUUAUUUGAAGAGGAGGCUGACCAGGUGAUCCUCGUCAUUACUUACUUCUCUCACAACCUCAGGUUCAGGAUUGGACAGUUUGGGAACACUUUCCUGCAGCUGGGCUAUCAAGAAGAGACUGAUAACGAAGGUACUACACUUCACAAGGUACAGGUGGAGAGUUCAGGCAGAACAGUGGAGGUGUGGGUGGGAAUGAUGCCAGAAGAGCAGAGGACAUGCAUCAAGGCUGGAGUGGUACUAGAAACACCCACUUUAGCACCCACUCAUCACCUUCUCCUACUGUGUCCUGCACCCACUCCAGAGCUCACAAUCCAGCUCAUGGGCCUUGAGGAGCAUGAAGGGCCUUAUGUACGAAUGGGCCAGAUCUCAGGACCUGGAGGUGUGGGUGUGCAAGUAGGCAGUGGGCGGCUCCAACCUCUGGACACGCCCCCGGCACUCACACUCACAGCAGAUGUAGAGAAGGAGGUGCUAGAGAUUCUCAUUGAUUGGCAGAGCCGUUCACUCGCCCAGUUCAAGGUAUGUCUCUCAUGAUAUUAUAGUUAAAGGAAA